AUGUGGGACGCCGUUCUCGGCGAGCUUCAACUUCAAGUGCCGAAACCGAGCUAUGAGACGUGGCUCAGGGGCACCACUGGAGUCUCCAUGUCGGACGGGGCGCUCGUCGUACGGACCCCCAACGCCUUCGUAUCCGAGAUGCUCGAUACUCGGAUGUAUUCGCUGAUAUCCAGGUGCCUCGAAGGUAUCACCGGAGACCCCAUGGAGAUUCGGUUCGAGGUCGGCGGAGAAGCCCGAAAACCCGCACGGACCUCGCCUCAAGUUCCAAGAACCGACGACGCCGGAACCGCCCAGUUGCCGCUCGACCAGGACCGCGCCGCCACAUCUCAAGCCCGGUCGCGGCCCUCGUACCGCCGCGUGGACCUGAACGGGCGCUACCGGUUCGAGAAUUUCAUCGUCGGCAGUUCCAACAACCUGGCGCACGCGGCUGCGGUGGCCGUCUCAGAGAAUCCGGGCUUCGUCUAUAACCCGCUGGUGCUCUACUCGGGCGUUGGGCUUGGCAAGACGCAUUUGAUGCAUGCCAUCGGACAUCAGGUCCGGGAGGCGGGGCACGACGUGUUGUACACGACGACCGAGGAGUUCACGAACGAGUACAUCAGGGGGAUCCGCGAGGGUACGACGGAGGAGUUUCGAGACCGAUACCGAAGCACCGACGUUUUGCUACUGGACGACAUCCAGUUCAUUAUCGGCAAGGAGCAGACUCAGGAGGGGUUCUUCCAUACAUUCAAUGCGCUUCACAUGGCGGGGAAGCAGAUCGUCAUAACGUGCGACAGACCGGUGAGCGAGCUUUCGCUUCUUCAGGACCGUAUUUCGUCAAGGCUUGCCGGUGGCCUGGUAGUGGACAUUCAGAUCCCCGAUUUUGAAACUCGGAUGGCGAUCUUGCGCUCAAAGGCUGAGCAGAUCGACCGAAGGUUUCCCGAUAAGGUCUUGGAGUUCAUCGCGGGCCGCGUUCAAAGGAACGUGCGCGAACUGGAAGGCUGCCUCAACAUCGUCGCCGCAUAUGCGGGGUUGGGCCAUCAGUCGCUAAACGGCGAUCCGAAGGCGGACGUUGACCUCGGUCUGGUUGAACAGGCGCUUGAGGACUCUCUUAAGGAGAGCAACAGGAGAGUAUCGGAGGAGGAUGUGCUGAGCGCCGUAGCGCGGUAUUUCUCCAUCGACAAAUCGACCCUCAAGGGAAAGAAGCGAGACAGAACCCACGGCCCAGGCGCGACAUGUCUCCAUGUACCUUCUGCGUGA